AUGGCGGCACGGUCUUGGCCGCUUAUUCCUCUCGUGAUUGAGCGCGUGCAGAAUCUGCAGCGUGGCCCGUACAAAAUUGACCAGGCUUUGAGAACCGCAGCUGAGUCCAAUGAGAACUCCACAGAAAAGAUCAUUCUUGAGACGAGCGAAUCGGCCUGGCGUGCAUACUACACGGCGACGAAAGGGUUAAAGUCAGAUCAUGGCUUUAGUGGCAAGGCCAAAAUGAAAGAGUUAGUUGAUGACCUCAGCCGCCAGCCUAUCGACGAACAGCGUGAUUUUGCAAAGCAGCUUGCCUUGCACAUAACAGAGGGUGGAGGAAACAUCGACUCGCAUGGUGCUAAACGUCGUCGAAUCACAACCGAAGAUCAGACAGCACCUUUUGUAUCAUCGGCGAUGAUACUAGACAACUCGGACGCGCGCCCUGUCGAUCCCGAGCACUCUUUGUCGGAGCCAGUACCUGGUCAUGGAGCCUCGCCAAGGGACGUGUACGUUGGUGCUCCUCUCAAACCAGCCGAGAAAUUAUUUCAUGAGCAUUUCUGGGACUCGAUUCGAAGAAUACCGAAUCCCGAGCAGCCUGGUGCGUGGCUGGCCGACAUUUCCAUGGUAUUUCAACAAGGUCAUAUUCGAGAACAUUUUGGCUGCCAAAUGGAGAUCGGAAUUGCGGAGGAAAAGGUGGCAGGUCUUGCUUUCGAGUACUUUGGUGUCAAAGUAGAGACUAAGGAUGGCGUCAGAUCAGUGCGUGUCAAUGGCGGUGGCAAGAUAGAACCGGAUCCAUCAAUCAAACUGCGGGCUUGUGGUCGGGAUUUGUCUGGCAUAUUCAGGAAUGACCUGCACGAAGGCGCAUGUACAUCUCCUAUAUACCAGCGAGAGAAUGAGGAACUGCGAAAUCGCACUGAUGGCGUGUCGAUGACAAUCCCGGCCAAGGCGAAGGAUGCUGGCAGAAUUACUGUAUUCUUGGGAGAAUGGAGAGCAUCAAAGAUCAAGACAGAAUUCUAUGGCUAA